AUGUCAAAUAUUCAAGAAAAUGAAAAUAAAGAAACUUGUAAUAUUAAAGAAAAUGAAAAUAAAGAAAUAUUAAAAGAGAAUUUUAAAAAUAAAGAAAAACAAUAUUUUAGUAGUUUAAGAAGUCCAUAUUCAGCAUGUAGGAGUGUUGAUUGUUUUAAGAAAUUAUAUACAAUUAAUGAAGGUGCAUUUGGUGUUGUAUAUUGUGCUCAAGAUAAAGAGACAGAAGAGAUUGUAGCAUUAAAAAAAAUUAAAAUGGAGAGAGAGCGUGAGGGUAUACCAAUAACAAGUGUUAGAGAGAUAAAGGUGUUGAUGGAACUAAAACACGAUAAUAUAGUUCAAAUCAAAGAGAUCGUGUUGGGCAAAAACAUCAAUAGUAUCUUCAUGGCAAUGGAAUUCAUCGACCAUGACCUCCGUGGCCUGAUGGAGGUCAUCAAAAAGCCCUUCCUCCCAUCAGAAAUCAAAACUCUAAUACAGCAACUGCUAAAUGGCGUUUCAUACAUGCACGACAAUUGGGUGAUACACAGGGAUUUGAAAACUGCCAAUCUAUUAUACACAAACAAGGGUGUCUUAAAAAUUGCAGACUUUGGUCUCGCCAGAGAAUACGGGUCACCCCUUAAACCAUUAUCAAAGGGUGUCGUCACACUUUGGUAUCGUGCUCCUGAACUUUUGUUAGACACAGAGAUCUAUACGCCUGCGAUCGAUAUUUGGUCAGUUGGUUGCAUUUUCGCAGAGAUCAUCUCAAAGGAGGUCUUGUUGCAAGGCUCUUCUGAAAUUGACCAAAUGGAUAAAAUUUUCAAAUUAUUUGGUACGCCCACUGAAAAAAGUUGGCCUGCUUUCUUUAAAUUACCUUUGGCUAAAUAUUUUAAUCUUACAGAUCAACCUUAUAAUAACUUAAAAUCAAAAUUCCCUCAUAUCACCGAUAAUGCUUUCGAUCUAUUAAAUAAACUUUUAGAAUUAAAUCCUGAAGCUAGAAUCUCUGCUUCUGAUGCAUUAAAACAUCCUUAUUUCUUUGAAAAUCCUCAACCAAGAGAUCCUUUAUUAAUGCCAACUUGGCCAUCUUCUCAUAAAAAAACUUAA